AUGGCCACCAUGAAGCAGCUUAUCUCCUAUGUUCUGGAUGCCGAUGAAUGCACUCAGGACUCCACACUCUGCGGCCCGAAUGCCAGCUGCAAAAACACUGUAGGAAGUUUUGCCUGCAAGUGUUUGAAUGGGUACAACUCGCCCAGUGGAGCCUCCGAGCAGCGCGGCAUCACCCAUCUGAACUGUACAGGAAGCCACUACUGCACCUGCAAUACCAGCUUUGCAUCCAGUUCUGGGGAGCAGAGCUUCACUGACCCAGCAGCGCAGUGCAACGAUAUUGACGAAUGCUCCUGGGACCCAUCGCCCUGCGGUCCCAGCUCCAUCUGCACCAACACACGGGGCAGUUACACCUGCACGUGUCCCCCAGGCUACCAGCCCCGCAGCCAGCCUGGCAUCCCGUUCAGCUGCACAGCGGUCGCUUCAAAUGAUCUGGUGAGGAAUUGCGAGAACCGAAGGGUGGAUGCGGCUCACGGCUCAUCCCAAAACGAUGAUGCCUUCUGCAAGUUACUGACCUCCACCUUCAGCGUCUUGGGAGACCCCAACGAAAGGAAGAACUCCACCGUCUCUCUGGAGAAAGCCGCUGAGGGAUUUGCCUCCAUCCUGGAUCAGACGCCCUCCUGGUCGAACCUGAGCACGGAGCAGGUCUCCACCAUGGCCACCGUCUUCCUGGAGAACAUGGAGAAUGUCGUGCUGGACGUCUUCCAGAACCCCACUGGGAACGGGAGCCAGACCAUCCGGAUGGAACAACUGGAUCUCCAGACCAAAGUCAUUGAGGAUGGCUGCCCCGGAAAGGACUCAGUCGUCAGCCUGGAAGUCAAAGGGGAGACCAUGAAGAUUAGCUGCAGAACGAUCCAGGGAACAGUGGCACAAGUGCUAGCUGAGCUGCAGUUCCCGGGCUGGAGUGGCGUUUGCCUCCUACGUGGGCAUGGAGUCCCUCCUGAAUGGCAGCUUCUUCCAUGGCCAAAGGGCCACCUCUGUCUGGCCAGUUCGGAUAAAUUCCAGGGUGGUGAGUGCCUUCCUGACCAGCCAGAUCAAGACCGAUUUCCCGGAUCCAGUCAACUACACCUUCCGGACCAUCAUGCCAACCAGCAGCCCCGACAAGCUCAUCUGCGUCUCGUGGGAGGCCACGGACCGGCGUGGCAGCUGGUCUCGGGCUGGGUGCGGGGUCGUGCGCAGCAACGCCACUCACACCACGUGCAGCUGCAAUCACGUCUCCAACCUGGCCGUCCUCAUGGCAUCGGGGGAGAUAACGGCUUCCCACUGUUCCUCAUCUCCCACGUCGGGCUGGCCCUGUCCCUGCUGUGCCUCUUCCUCGCCAUCCUCACCUUCCUCCUGUGCCGCUCCAUCCGCAACGUGAACACCUCCAUCCACCUGCAGCUCUGCCUCUGCCUCUUCCUGGCCGACCUGCUCUUCCUCACCGCGGUGGACAGCCCCAGCCACCAGCUGGCCUGCACCGUCAUUGCUGGCCUCCUGCACUACCUCUUCCUGGCCUGCUUCGCCUGGAUGUUCCUGGAGGCCGUGGUGCUCUUCCUCACCGUCCGCAACCUCGGGGUCGUCAACUACUUCAGCACCCACAGCCCCAAGAUGCGGCACCUGAGCCUCUUCGGCUACGGCUUCCCCGCCCUGGUGGUGGCCGUCUCGGCGGCGGUUAUGCCGGAGGGAUACGGCAGGCGGGAAAACUGCUGGCUCAGCAUGGAGAAGGGGUUCAUCUGGAGUUUCCUAGGGCCAGUGUGUGUCAUCAUCGGGAUUAAUUCCGUCCUUUUUGCCUUAACCCUCUGGAUGCUGCAGCGAAAGCUUUCCAGCCUCAACACUGAAGUGUCCACCCUUAAGGACACCAGGCUACUGACCUUUAAAGCCAUUGCCCAAGUCUUCGUUCUGGGCUGCACGUGGAUUUUCGGUCUCCUCCAAGUCGGCCCAGCCGCCACGGUCAUGGCGUAUUUAUUCACCGUUGUCAACAGCCUGCAGGGAGCCUUCAUCUUCCUGGUGCACUGUCUUCUCAAUCGCCAGGUGCGGGAGGAGUACAAGAGACGGUUCACCUGCAAACCCAAGUCCUACGUUUCCGAUGUCUCCAUGUCUACUUUAGCCACCAGCAGCAAAGCGGGCUGAUGUUCUGGCCGGGAGGCAGGAGACGCCAUCGCGCCACAGGAGAAGGAAAAGCUUAUUGCAGAACUUGAAUCUGCCAUCUUUAAAGUGCUUGCAGGAUCAGAACUUCGAAACCAACCUGCCAGCUGGAGUGUGAUCCCGGGAUUAAAUCAGCGGGCUGGGAAGGGGAGAGGGGUGUGAGGAUUAGAGCUGGGGGUGCUGGCAGUCAGGACUCCUGGGUUCUUCUAUCCCUGGCUGUGGGGUCUAGUGGUUAGAACAAGUUAGACUCCCUAGGCAUGGGCCAGUAGCACCUGUAGUUUAAUCUAGCUAUAGCUUAAUCCACUGCUGCUUUUCAGAGAUUCCCUUUCUCCUUAUUUAUCAUCCCCCCCACCCCAAU